AUGCCCUGCCCCCUGAAGCUGGGGCUACUCACUCAAGCAGACAGAGAAGAAUGGGAACAGGAGGCACAGGUAGUUCUGGGAGUGCGAAGGGUCCUAGAGGGCCUGGGGCAAGCAGUGGAGAAACUCAGACAGGAAGGUGGUCGACUGCAUGGCCAAGAGAAGGAAAUGUGGAGGCAGCAGAGCAAAUACCAGAGCAAACAGAGCUGGCAUCGGACUAAAAAGGUUGUUCUGCAUCUCUCUGGUGAGUUCCAGGAACUAGUGAGGGAAACACAGGGAACUUUGGAUGGGGCCAUUAGUCAGCUGCAGUACAUAAGGGACCUGAACCGCCUCCAGCUUUUACAGAUCCAGGCUCCAAAAAUCACCCUGCACAUUGCUUCCAGUCUCCCAGCUAUCUAUGCCCCAGACAAUGCCUUCCACAAUUCUUUCUUCUAUCAGAAUGAUCAGAAUAAACUGUUCAUUUUGAGAGAGUGUUUAGCAUCUGUGGGAAGCUUCAGUCUGCUCCUGACUCACUGUCUAGCCCAUAUCACUGCUGCUGACCUCUACCAGGAUUCCAACCCUAUUUUUCUAAAGCUGUUUUAUGAGGGACUGAAAGCUUGUCUCAGUGAUGCCUUUUCAGUCAAGCUCCAAAUGUCAGCAAUUUUCCAGGAUAGGAAGUCUGACCAGAGCAUAAUAGCUGUUCUACUGAAGGGAGAGCCCACCUCUGAAGAAAGAGAUCUUCUUUCUCAUCUCUUUGACACAAAAGUUAAGUUCUGCAAGGAUCCAGAGUCCCCAGAAGAGUCUAUGAAGAAGAACAAACGCCAUCUACUCUUCACCCAUUUUGAACAUUUCCUGAAAAACAAGCUUUCUUUAGAACAACAAAUCCUAACUGAGGAGAACACCACCUUGGGGAUAAGUAAGAGCUCUGAAGCUAAAAGUCUGCCUCAUUUCAAUCCACAGGAAAAGAAGGAGUUAGAUUCAUUAAUGCAACAGCUGACAAAAUUGUUAGAGAAAGAGGAUGAUUUUUAAAGAUGAGUUAGUAUACGUGCAAGUGAUAUAUACAAUG